AUCGUCGUUCUUGUAGUUUUCUUUGGAAACAGUUCGGCUGAGAUCGAUUGGUUGUAAAUCACUGUUUUGAUAAUUUUGUAUCGUGCUUGUUGAGGUACUGAAUGUAGAAGAUUUUAUUCGUUUUUGUGACAAUGCAUCCCAUCCUACUGGUGGUGCUGAUGUUAAUAAUACUUCAGAAUGGAAUUUCGAACGAGCGCAUCUUAAACUACUUGACCAACAGACAGCCAAAAAAUUGCGUACAAUUACCGACGCCGAUACUGUCCAACAUUCUCGGACCGGCGUUCAACUCGCGCUACAUGAGCAUUGACAAACCGCCCGUUAUGGAUGACGAAUCGACCCAUGGCGAUAAGGACGGGAAACGGGGUGCAACCCAUGGGCUUUACCCCUCGUUCUACGUUGACGGUGAUUACGUGGAAGAACUAGGCAAUAGCCCAGCCUGGGCCGUAGAUCACGCCAAAGAUACGGCCAAUCGUGUUCUCAAGGCUCCUUUGAAAAAACGCGAUGCCUUCGACCAAUUGCUAAAAGAGCUGCGGUUGGAAAGCCGUGCCAGCAGAAGCACCCGCCGGGGACCCAAUGGAGAUGGUAGUUCUCGACCGUGGGAAUGCGAUGCCAGAAUUCGCUGGAUUGACCUCGGUGCCGAGUACUAUCCGCGUUUUCUGCGAACCGUCGAAUGCGCAAAGACUCGUUGCUGGUAUGGUCAUUACCAGUGUACGCCACGGUCCUUCACGGUCAAGUUGCUGCGAAAACGAACCGGACAAUGCGUUCCAGUCGACCCGCUGCACAACAUCGGAAUCGAAGGACUCCCCGGAGAGCUGAGCGAGCUCUGGAUUUGGGAAGAACGGGCCGUCAAUUUUUGCUGCGAUUGCUCUCCCCGGUACUACUGAUUCGAUGGCUUACCGUGCCCUGACGAUGAAAUAAACAAUCCAAUUUAGAGAA